UGUGUUCGCUGCAGCCACCGGUGGGGGUUAGCACCGAGAGCGAUUAUGCGGCUGUUGGGCCUGCUGCUGUGUUCGGCGGCGCUGGUGGCUGCGGCGGUGCCCGGCUGCCGGGCUGCGCGCAUCCUGGGCCUGUUCCACUUCCAGGGCCGCAGCCACUGGGCCAUGGUGGAGCCGCUGCUGCAGCAGCUCGCCGCCAGGGGGCACAACCUCACCGUCGUGUCGCACUUCCCGCAGAAGAGCCCGCCGCCCAACUACCGCGACGUCAGCAUCCGCGGCUCGGUGCCGACCAUCGUCAACAACCUUACCGUCGACUUCGUGCGCAGCCUCAAUGUGGUGUUCUUCAUGUGGCAGAACACCUACGACUACUGCGAGAACAUCUUCGAACAUCCCGGACUGACCGAAAUCUUGACGACGAACGAGAAGUACGAUCUCAUAAUGACGCAGGUGUUCGGGGCGGACUGCUUCGCCGGCUUCCUGCACCGCUUCCGGGGCACGCCCGUGGUGAGCCUGACAACGAGCGUGAUGCUGCCCUGGAGCAACACUCGCAUGGCCAACCCGGACCACCCGGCCUACAUCCCCAACUACUACCUGCCGUACGGCCCGCGAAUGAGCUUCACCGAGCGGCUCGUCAACACAAUCGCCACGGUCGCCACCAGCGUCGGCUUCGACUACUACUCCGCCAGCCUGGUGGACCGCCUCAACAGGCGAUAUUUCGGCAAGGGGAUUCCCAGGACGGCGGACUUGGUGACAAACACGAACCUGAUGCUGGUCAACAGCCACUUCAGCAUCAACCACCCGCGGCCCUUCGUCCCCAACGUAGUGGAAGUCGGCGGAAUGCACAUCCCCAGCAAGCCUAAGAAACUGCCAGAUGAUAUGAAGCGGUUCCUGGACGGGGCCCCGGAAGACGUGGGCGCCGUGCUGUUUACGUUCGGCUCGCUGGUGCGGACGGAGACGAUGCCGCUCCAGAAGCUGGUGGCCUUCGUAGCCGCGUUCAGGCAGCUGGCCCCGCAGCGCUUCAUAUGGAAGGUGGACGCGUCUGCCCUCGCCGAACUGGGACUCACCGUCCCCGACAACGUUUACACGGCCAACUGGGUGCCGCAGUUCGACGUGCUCAGCCACCCCAAGAUGCGGGCGUUCAUCUCUCACGGUGGGCUCAUGGGGACGCUGGAGGCGGUCCACUGCGGAGUGCCGGUGCUGGGGAUCCCGCUGUUCGCCGACCAGAAGCUCAACGUGCCCAACAUGGUGCGCCACGGCGUCGCCAUGCAGUUCGAGCUGGACUACGUCAACACCGACCUGCUCGUCUACGCGCUGCGCAGGAUCACCGCGCCGGGAUCAAAGUACCGGCUGCGCGCCAAAGAGCUGUCGUGGCAGUUCCGCGACCGGCCACGGACGCCGCUGGAGGAGGCGGUGUACUGGACGGAGUACGUGAUCCGGCACCGCGGCGCGCUGCACAUGCGGCCCGCCUCGCUGCGGCUCAGCUGGUACCAGUACCUGCUGCUCGACGUACUCGCCUUCAUCGCCUGCACCUUCUGCCUCACCACCACGCUCACCUGGAUCCUCCUUAAAAACUGCCUGUGCACGCACAGUCAGAGGAAGCGCAAGAGGUCGCGGAUCGAGAGGAGGUUCAGAGCGACCUGAAUGACCGCGCACUAGGCCGACACCGUCCCCCAAAGUGUUGCCCGACCUGUGACGUCCUGUUUGAAGACUGGAUACCUGGUUGAAUACUAGCUCGUAGUAGGAAUCUCUUAGUCCUUGGCUUCUGGAGACUGAGAAGCAUUUUUCAUUGGGGAAUAUCUUUAAACUGCCAUUAAUGAAUUGGUAGGUAGUUGCUUACCACUAACUAUUAUAGAGCAGUUUCCGACACGUUCCACUAUACAAGUUGACUGAUUACUCAGGAAAAUAUAUGGCGCAUAGAGGGACACACACAGUUCUAAGGGCAAAAUUGUUUUUGUCGUGUUACUGUGCCAAAGAAAUGGCAAAGUAGUUGAAUUUCUUGACAUGGAGAAAGGUGAAGGGAGCUUUUGAAAGUUUUCGUGUGCCUGUGAAAGCUAGAAGGAAACAUCGGCAAGACUGCACUACUUGCGCGCGCUGUAGCCCUCUCUGAAGGCGGCUCUUCGUGUUUACAGCUGAAACGUCCCGUGACAUGAAACUGCCUGCACGCACUGUAGUAUCGGAAAUGUGUGGCUCGCAUUUCCUUAUCCGUCUGCUCUUCCUCAGUGUUGAAAUAAGUUAUUUCCCGAUCUUGCCAGCGCUAGCUGAUACAAAGCAGGACUUUGAUGUAUGAACAGAUACGUAAGUGUCUGUCUUUCUCUUGUUGCCGGCCGUAGUGGCCGAGGGGUUCUAGGCACUACAGUCUGGAACCGCGCGACCGCUACGGUCGCAGGUUCGAAUCCUGCCUCGGGCAUGGAGGUGUGUUAUGUCCUUAGGUUAGUUAGGUUUAAGUAGUUCUAAGUUUUAGGGGACUGAUGACCUCAGAAGUUAAGUCCCAUAGCGCUCAGAGCCAUUUGAACCAUUUUUUUUCCUUUUGUUAACAGCAAGUCGAGGAUGAAGCACAACAACGGAACUUGGCGCCUUUCUUUUUUCUUUUUUUUUUUAACUGGCUUUCGAUACAUACCCUUACAGACAUACCAACAGUGGAAUCAUUUACAAUGAUACGAACGUUAAGAUAACACGACACUCAGUCCCCGAGCAGAGAAAAUCUCCGCUUCUUGGCAUCUCGUGCAUAUCGACAAUGUGGUUCUCGGACUACUUUUCCUUACUUAUGACUCACAAUCCAGAGAAUCUACACGUCAAAGCAGGCUUUUCCAAUAACUUAAGUUGCCACAGACGUCUAAGAUUAUAUUCUUUCACUCCUCCGCCAACAUUUGUAGCUGCUUUUAUCUGGUAGAUGGUGCUGUAAUUCGUGAGAGAAAUACUCAGCUCCCUUUACAUCACAGCCCUAGUCUCGUCAUUCUGUUUCAUUUAAACCACUUGUUUAUCAUCUACUUUCCACGUAGGAAAAACAAAACCCCUUUAUACUUCAAUUAAUUUCUUCAAGGAGGAAAACAAAAUCACACGCACGAGAUGGCAGUACGUGUAGGAAGCGUUGGUAGCUUCGUGUAGAAUCUGGACCUACCGAAAGUGUGGCACAACAACAGUUCACCUUCCAGUUAUUAGCGUCGCAUUGGUAUGAUGCCAAUUCGUGACGUUCGACAAUAGGCAGUUAAGGUUUCAGUGUUCUAGUGAGCUCUUUGGUUUUCUCU